AUGGCAAGAAGCAUUCUCAAAGAUAAUACCGCGCCACUACCGAGUACAUCUCGUCGAGUAUCAUUUGCACCUGAAGUGACAUUACAUCAGAUUGAAGUAAGAAACCCCAACAAACGAAGGAAAACAGAUGGCGGAGCCAGUGGGUAUGCAUCAUUCUCAUCAGAAUCUGAUUUUGAAAUUGUUCAUUAUCUGUCACAGCAAGAGCUAAUGAAGGAGGAUGAGGACGAGGUGAAUAACAAUGACCACUUGAUGAACUUGUCUCCAAUUGGAAUCCGCGCUAAAGAUAUUGACGAUGUGGAGUUUGAAGAUAGCCCGGAUGAUGGAAGUAAGCCAUUGACUGAUAGUUCAGACGAAGAGAUUAAGGAACAGAAAGAGAGACCAGUACUGUCUUUUGCUAACAAGCGGGCGAAAGUGGUUAGGAGCCUCGAUGAUGGAAAUGUGGGGACAGAGGUCAGUAUGGAAUUAACUGGCAGGGGUAAUGGAAUUGCCAAAGUUAGUGAUACAGGUACUCCGUUAGUUUACGCUUCAGAUGAAGACGCCGACUAUUCAAGCAAUGACGAGGAAGAAGUACCAAAUUCGAUCAACACCGAUGAUCGAAAUCAUCAAGAAGAGGAAGAAAUGCAACUAACAGGGAGAAUUGAAAAAGUACGUGAGGAACGGUUGGUUCGCUCUAUCGAUGAACCUGAAGAUAUGCAAUUGACAGUACCAAUAUCAACCGCCACAUCUCGACGAUACCAACAGCCUGCGCCUGACUCGGAUGAUGCUUAUGAAGGUGAGGAUGAUACUAUAAAUUUGGCAGCAUCGAUGUUGAAAGUGGAUGCUUUACGUAGUAGGAAUCAAGCUGGUAAAGGUGCUGAAGAUGAACAAGAUGAUGGGCACAGACUGGGCACAGAUCGUGAUGAGAAGGUUGAUAAUGGAGUCAAUGACAGUUCAAACAUGGAAUUGACUGAGAGAAUAAGCCGAGUUGCUGUGCCUCAAAUACCAAUUGUGAAACCAAACCUUGAAGCAUUGCCAGAUGUUGAUGAUGACGAAGAUGAUGAAGAUGAAGAUCGUGGAGUGAAAGAUGCAGACAACAUGAAGGCACCAUUGAGUGCCAUGGAGAAACUGGGCCCCAUUGAUAUGGAAAUCACUGAACCGGUCAGCAAUGAAACGGCGCAUAACAAGCAAAGUAAACAAAUUGGAGCGUCCAGUGUUUCCGAAAGUCAAGAAAUGGACCUCAGUGAACCCAUAAACAAACUGACUAUUGAGUCACUACGUGGCAAAAACAAUGAGCAGGCACUGCAUCUACAGGAUAUGGAAUUGACACAACCAGUGAAGAGCGUAGUGAACAAGGAUCAACAGGCAUCAAUUGAACAUGGCCCCGAACAUGGAACUAAUGAUAAUGGCUCAUUGCCAAAACUGGCUGAUUUCACUGAAGUCAUCACACAAGGGGAGCAUUUGGUCAGCAUGGAUCUUACUCAACGACAAAUAAUGACUAAUUCGCAACAAACUAUGGAGCUUACACAGAAUAAGACUGUAAUAUCACGAUACGAUGACGGAAAACUGGCCAAACAAGCAAUUACUUCCACAGAUUCGAAAAAGUCAAUAUCGAACGAUGCAAAAAAUGAAAAGAGCGAAACGGCAACACCACUAGCUACUGUUUCUCAGAACUGGCCAUCACAAGAAAUCAACACUCACGAGAAGGAUCCUGAUCCCAUUAGUAAUGCGCCAAAUGAAGUGAUUGAGGAUAGGUUUGCAAAUUACAAGCCGGUUUCAUUGUCUACGUUCCUUCAGGAUAUUCACAUGAAGUUUGAUACCGAUAUUGGUACUCUAGCUGCUUCACUGAUUGGAACAGAUUCAAAUGAGUCAACACUUCAUCAACAACCAUCGAUUUAUGAGUUGAUUCUGGCUAUUCCUUUUAAGGAAGGGAAUGCUCUAAACGAUUUUAUUGUUCAGGAAUUACAAAAUUACAUUCGGGAUGGUGAGCAGCUAUUUCAGGAUUUCAGUAAACAAAUCGGGGAUGACAAUCUUGCCAUUAUGAAGGAAUUUUACACAACCAAUGAUGCUAAAGAUCGUGAAAUUAUGAUUAUAUGUUUGAACAAUGUACGAUAUUUGUCCAAAUUGGAAAGCAGGUCAACUUGGUUCAAAUGGAGAUCGACAUUGACUCAGCAUGUCAUUGAUGAAAUGGAUAAUCAGAUUGAGUUGUUGAAACAGUGCCAAAAAGAUUUGGAGGAUUAUCUACAAAGAUUGGACGAACAAUGGGUUAAAGCCGGUGAAUACAAGAGUGAGGUAAUGAACAAAUUGUACCGAUUGCGAACUGCAAAGAAAACCAUGGGUAACUUAUCUCAAGAGCAAGUUGAUGAUAUGCGCAAUGCAUUUAAUCAACUGAAAUCUCAAUUGAAAGAUCUUGCAGAGAAGAUAGAUCAAGCAAGGUACAAGUUGGCUCAUUUGGAUCAAUCAUUAGUUGAACUGCGUAACCAGAAACGAGAUUUGUUGAAUCAAGCAAAGGAUAUUGACUUUGAAUUGGAGAAACGCAAAAGUUACACCAAGAAUGAGAAGAUUGAAAUCAAAAAAAGGUAUGACCAAUUGACCAGUUUAACACAUUUGAAGUAUAUACGUACUGAAGAUGUUUCCAGCAUGGUGUUUCUAUACUAUGGUAUGAUUAAUGUUAAAUUUGACUUUGAUAAAGGUACAUUUGAAAUUGGCGAAAUACACUCAAAUGAGUUCAAGUUUAAGCUGUUGAUUAACUACGUUUAUCAUUUUCCUGUAUCAGUAACAAAUGACGGAAAGGGAAGUACACUUUAUCAAUGGCAGAGAUUUAAAUCGUAUUGGGCAAAGUUGAUCCAACUAGAUAGCAUAAUGGAUUUCAUCAAGUUCCAGUGGCCCAUUGAAUUGAUUCCAAAUGAAGAGACAGGUGGUGUAAUAAAGUUUCAAUUUGAUUAUUUUGAUUUUGAUAGCCGGAGGCGAUUUAUUGUUGAUGCAUCACUUGCAGUUGCGUCAUUGCUCCAUUUUGAAUCAAGUAUUAUCUUUAGUAUCAAACCAGCUAGAAAUUUCAUUCUAAGCGAAAAAGAGAUUAAAAAAACACUAACGAAACUUGGCAAGAGUAUUGAUUUACCUAAAUGUGGUUACAAUUUCAUUUCCGAUGCAUAG